CUCUGUUGCUUUUUUUUUUUUCUCUAUCUUCAUCACACUUCAAUCCUUUUCGCUUUUGUCUUUCUUUGUCCUUUGAUUGUUAGCAUAAAUUAAUUAAUAUUCUCCCUCUCUUGGCAUCGAAAGUGUAUUUGGUGUCAGCUAGUGUAGAAGAAAUGUGAGAAUGAUCUUGUUUUAAGCCAGAGCCACCAGUGCCCCCAACUCAACAACUGACCUGACAGCCCUAGUGGAGUGCCACACAUUCCAGCUACUUCUAUCUAAUGGGGUCCGAGCAAAAUCGAUUUCCUCAGCAUGAAAGGGAAGGGACCUUUGGAAACAUAUCAUUCCUUCCAACCACAGGCACUAAAGAACUGCAAGAACUGGUACAGCCAUACAAAUUACAAUCAUAGCUUCUAGGUGUGAGGAUGCACCCAGUGUUCACCAAAAAUCCUGAAAAAGUUUCCACAAGAAAGUUUCUGCCUGACAAUGCAGCGAAAGAGAUGGGGUGGAUGUUGGGGUGCAUUUUCAUGUUUUGGUUCACAGAAAGGCGGCAAGCGCAUUGUACCUGCAUCUCGCAUUCCGGAGAGUAAUGUAUCAGCCACUCAACCCAAUGGCCCUCAAGUUGUGGGGUUGCCCAAUCAAGCCACGGGACUCGCUCCUUCUCUUUUAGCUCCGCCUUCAUCACCAGCAUCGUUCACACAUUCUGCCCUUCCUUCAACUGCACAGUCACCUAGUUGUUUCUUGUCAUUAUCUGCUAAUUCACCUGGUGGUCCUUCAUCCACAAUGUUUGCUACUGGACCAUAUGCUCAUGAAACACAACUGGUUUCUCCUCCAGUCUUCUCUAAUUUCACUACUGAGCCAUCUACUGCUCCUCUGACUCCGCCACCGGAGUUGGCUCACUUGACAACUCCCUCUUCCCCGGAUGUUCCUUUUGCUCAUUUUCUAUCGUCUGCAGUGGAUCUAAAAAAUGGUGCUAAAAGUAACUAUGUCACAGCAAAUGAUCUUCAAGCUACUUAUUCAUUCUACCCUGGAAGUCCUGCCAGUAGCCUUAAAUCUCCAAUCUCAAGGAACUCUGGUGAGUGUUUAUCAUCAUCUUUUCCUGAACGUGAGUUCCGCCCGCAGUGGGAUCCAUCACUAUCUCCUGAGAAUGGAAAAUAUCAAAGGACUGCAUCUGGGAGGUUGUCUGGCCAUGACACUAAUGGUGUCACAAUGGCAUCCCAAGAUACAAAUUUCUUUUGCCCUGCUACCUAUGCACAAUUCUAUUUAGACCAAAAUCCUCCAUUUCCUCAUACUGGUGGGAGGUUAAGUGUUUCCAAAGAUUCAGAUGUUCAAUCUACUGGUGGGAAUGGACAUCAAAGUAGGCAUGCUAGAAGUCCUAAGCAAGAUGUGGAAGAAAUAGAAGCUUACAGAGCAUCCUUUGGUUUCAGUGCAGAUGAGAUCAUUACUACCACUCAGUAUGUGGAGAUUUCUGAUGUAACAGAGGACUCAUUUACCAUGAUGCCUUUCACCACCGGUAAGUCAACAAUGGAAGAAAGCAUAGAACAUGCAUUGAUGAAAGAAGGAAUCAAAGCUCAAGAGACACAAGUGCCAUUUCAGAGUCUGAAAAGCCUUAGGUUAGAUGCAAGUCCUGAUAUCAAGGAAGCACGUAAUCAGAUCACAGUAUGUCAAGGAUACAAAGAUCAAAUAUCGCACGAGCAUUGUAACAGCAGCUCUGGGUUAAGUACACCGGAUAACCAUGUUGUCAUGGAUGACGAGGACAUAUUCUCGAAAUUGGGAUCAUCCAGAAUUUCCAGGAAAUAUCAGAUGGGGUUAUCAUGCUCUGAUGCAGAGGUUGACUAUAGGAGGGGAGGAAGCUUACGAGAAAGAAAGGGAAAAAUGUGAUUUGGCAUGACUAAGGAUUAAAGCAGUUUCUUUGUUAUCUGUGUAUUAAUUUAAUUUGCAGCUUCCUUAUAAAAAAAUGAAAAAAAAAAAAAAAAAA